UGGGUGUAGAAACAAGCUAAGUUAAUUAAGGUGCAGGAAGCUGAAAGUAAUGGACAAGGCAGUAAUGCAAGGCUAUGUUCGAGUAGUGUUACUGCUGCUUUCUUGUUUUGCUCUCACAAAUGUCGUCAACGGCCAGAAUUCUGCAGCUGUCUCAGAGUUCAUAAGCAUAGACUGCGGAUUUGCAGAAGGAGGUAACUACCCCGAAGAUGAAAUCGGCGGCUUACUUUACCAGCCAGAUAAAGACUUCUUAGAAUCAGGCACCGGCAUUAGCGCCACUAUUGAGCAGGGCUACAUCCACAACUAUACCGCCCUAAUUGGCAAGCCACUCUGGACACUCCGAAGCUUCCCAAACGGAUCUCGAAACUGUUACAACUUAAGCUCCGCGCAGGCGAAAGGGAAGAGGGUGCUGGUUCGAGCCAGUUUCUUGUACGGGAAUUAUGACGGGAAGAAUGAGAUCCCCAGUUUCGAGCUUCAUCUUGGAGUGGAACUGUGGGAUCGGGUGAAAUUGAAAGGCCCUUUGAAUGUGGUAAGGAAAGAGAUCCUGCACGUUCCGUCCUCCAAUUUGUUGCAUGUUUGCCUUGUGAACACGGGGGAGGGGACGCCUUUCAUUUCGGCACUUGAGCUGCGCCCAAUGAACGAGGCCGCCUAUGCCACCAAUGCAUCCGCCGGUAAGAAUGAGUCGUUGCUUCUUUACAGACGGAACAACUAUGGUGGUCAAUCUCUAAUAAGGUACCCAGAUGAUAUCAGAGAUCGGGUGUGGUACCCAUAUCCUGCUCCUCAAAACGGGACCGUUAUAACAUUAAGCCCAAUCCCACCAAGCCCAGGGCAGGGAAUACCUAAGAACGUAUUCGAAGUGCCUUCCAACGUCAUGGAAACAGCCAUCUCAAAUAAGGAAACGGGAGGGAAAGUAUUGACAUUUUCUUGGGAUCCAGAAGACUCGACAACCAAUUAUUAUGUGUACAUGCAUUUCGCUGAGGUAAUGAGGUUGCCACAGAACCAAACCCGAGUUUUCAACAUUUUAAUGAACAAUAAGAAGUGGUACGAGGAGCCGGUAUCCCCGAGUUAUUGGAACACCACCACUAUAUUCAUGACCAGACCUGCAUUUCAGUCAAAAUGGGAAAUUCAAUUCGUCAAGACUGAGAGUUCCACCCUCCCACCGCUCAUCAACGCCGUCGAAAUUUAUACGGUUAAAAGAUUCUUGAAAUCACAAACCCGCGAAAAUGAUGUCCAGGCUAUGGUGAAUAUGAAGGCAAGUUAUAGAUUGAAGCGGGACAAUUGGGUAGGAGAUCCUUGUCUGCCUGAAGCAUACGUAUGGGAAGGGCUCCAUUGCAGCUAUAAUGAUAAUGAUCCCCCCAUCAUCACACACUUGAAUCUGUCCGCAAGUGGAUUGGCCGGCAACAUUUCUCUUAGCAUAUCCAAUCUUAUAUCCCUAGAGUACUUGGAUUUAUCCAAUAAUGGCUUGACUGGACAAGUACCUAAUUUUCUAAGUCAAUUGUCAUCUUUAAAAGUCUUAAACUUAACUGGGAAUCACUUCUCGGGUCCAAUUCCACAAGAGCUUAUAGAAAGAACCAAAAAUGGAUUAAUACUAAGAAUUGAAGGUUAUGAGGCUACUUGUGGACCAAACAAUUGUGAUGAUGAUAAAACAACAUCGAAGAAAUUUGUCGUUCCAAUGGUUGCACUUGUUAUUAUAACUUUCAUCCUCUUGACUGCCUUGCUUCUCCUCUGCUGGCGACAAAAAAGGAAGAGAAACCAAGAAAUAGUGCGCAUGGGUGCAAAAUCUGAUAGGAAAGAUGGCUUUAAUGUGGAGUCAAAGAAUAAAAGUUUUACAUAUUCAGAAAUUCUGAAUAUCACCAAAAAUUUUAAAAGGGUUCUUGGAGAAGGAGGUUUUGGAACUGUGUAUCAUGGUUGUUUAGGGGAUGACAUUCAAGUGGCGAUUAAGGUGUUAUCUCAAUCAUCUGUCCAAGGUUACCAUGAGUUUCAAACUGAGGUAGAGCUUCUAACAAGAGUCCAUCAUCGAAAUUUAACUUCACUAGUUGGAUAUUGUUACGAGGGUACAAACACUGCUCUGGUUUAUGAGUUCAUGGCUAAUGGAAACCUGAGAGAUAUGUUGUCAGAGAGAACUAGUCAUGUUUUGAGCUGGAUAGAAAGACUCCAGAUUGCAAUGGAUGCUGCACAAGGGUUGGAUUAUUUGCACAAUGGAUGUAAACCACCUAUAAUUCAUAGAGAUGUGAAAACUACCAACAUUCUUCUAAAUGAGAAACUACAAGCAAAAAUAGCAGAUUUUGGACUAUCCAGGACUUUUGCGGUCGAAGAAAAAUCCUAUGUUUCCACUAAGGUUGUUGGUACUCCAGGAUACCUUGAUCCAGAGUACUUUGAAUCUCGUAGGUUGACAGAAAAGAGUGACGUCUUUAGUUUUGGAAUCGUUAUCUUGGAGUUGAUCUCAGGAAGGCCGACGGUGAUAAUGAAUGACAAGAAACCACACAUUAUACAAUGGGUUAACUUCUUCGUAGAAACGGGAGACAUAAGGAAGAUCAUUGAUCCUAAGCUGAAGGGAGAAUUUGAGGUGGAUUGUGUGUGGAAAGCAUUAGAGCUUGCAAUGGCUUGUGCUUCUCCUACUUCAAACAGAAGACCAAACAUGGACUACGUUGUCACAAAAUUGAAGGAAUGCUUGAGUGCUGAGAAGGCGAGAAAAGACGAAGGGAAUGAUGAUCAAGUAUUUUAUUCGGAACAAGUAUUAGAACUUAUGCCCAUUGCUCCAGACAAUAGCAUUAUUGGUCCUAGAUAGGAAAAUAAAUGGACAUGAAGAUUUUUACUCUGGUCUAUAGAUGGAUAUUCAUAUAUUCAUAUAUUUGUUAUUUUGAUCUUUGUCUUCUUAAACACAAAUUGUAAUUUUGGAUAUUUACUUUUGUUAUAAACUAUAUCAAUAGGACAAGCAAUAAUUAUAUUGUAA